AUGGCUAGAAAACUCAAAGGAAAGAUCGGCAGUAAAGGCCUGAAAGGUGCAUUACUAAGACAUCAAGCAAAGAUUAAAAUGGUAAAAAAAAUAGAAAGCAAGCAAAAGCAUGAAUUGAAGAAAAAAACCCCUAAUACUAAUAACAAAAAAGUCAAAAAAAACCAAGAAUUACAAAAACUCAGUCAGGAAAAAGUUAUACCUUUUGAGAAAACUGAAACUUUAAUGCUAUGUGGUGAGGGAGAUUUUUCUUUUGCAAAGUCGAUUGUGGAGCAAGGCUAUAUAGAAAGUGGGAAUUUGAUCAUAACAAGCUACGACAAUUCUGUGAAUGAGCUGAAACUGAAAUACCCACACACUUUUGAGGAAAAUUAUCAAUUUUUAAAAGAUUUGAAUAUUCCAAUGUUCUUCCAAAUUGAUGUUACCAAAUUAGUCAAGAGCUUCAAAAUCUCCAGAAAUAAUACUUGGUUUCGGACAAUCAACAGACUCAGUGAUCAUAAAUGGGGAAAUAAACCUUUACAAAAUAUAGUUUUUAACUUCCCUCAUAAUGGUAAGGGUAUCAAAGAUCAAGAUAGAAAUAUAAGAGAGCACCAAGACUUGGUUUUUGCAUUUUUCAAAAACUCUUUACAACUAUUCAAUCUCAUAAACACAAAAGUUCAAGAUGAUGCUUUUCGUUACACACAGGGUUAUGAUCUUAAUGAGAACACCCCGCAGUCCAAAAAACUAACCAAUGAAGGCUAUGGCAAUAUCAUCUUGUCUGUUUUUGAUGGGGAACCUUACGAUUCAUGGCAAAUCAAGCUAUUAGCUAGGAAAAAUGGGUUAACUUUAAGUAGAUCAAUCAAACUCCAAUGGGAAAACUUUCCAGGGUAUCAUCAUAGAAGAACAAAUAGUGAACAAGAUACCACAAAACCUGCGAAGGAACGUGAUGCUAGAUUUUAUAUAUUUAGUAAAUAUAUCUCAAACAGUUCAAAACGUAACCACAAAAGUGAGAACGGUUCCGAUUCUGAUUCUGAUUGA